CCAGGUAAACACCUGGCAUCCAAUCAGCAGCGAAACAUGCAAAUCGAGCAGGUAUCAGAAGAGCAGGGUGCAGAUAGGAAAUGGGUAUUUUCAGAAUAACGCCCGUGUAUCGGGCGGUGACUUCAGCAUUUUAAAGGAAUAAUACUCUGAGCCUGUAUUCAGAAACUGAGUUCAGAUCGCCGGUGUCUGCACUUCUCAGGCAUGCAAACACCAUGGGCAUAAAGUGUGAUCAGGAACGCGUUUUGGCAUACGGGAAAGACUGACUCUGUGACUGAGAGCGCUUUUCCAGAUGGAGACUGACCUGAGGUUGGAGUCAAGUUUGUGGAUCGGAAAUAAAAGAUAUCGGGCCGUCCUCACAGGUUGGCAUUUGAAAUGGACUGAGGCGGAUAAAAAGAAUGGUGACAAGAAAACAGUUUCAGUACCUGUGGCAGAGGUGGUUGGAGUGGAGAACGGUCGGGUGGAGAUCUUGCCCCAGAAGUCAGUUGAAGACACAGACAAAGAUUUCACAGUUUUCUACAUCAAGCGUAGCAGGAGUAGAAGCACUUAUGGGUUGUUGUGGAGCCUGGGCCGGACCCAGUUCAGCUGCCCCAGUCGGGUCCUCAGAGACCAGUGGACAAAUCACCUAAGGACUGCCCUCAAAACUCACAGUCCUUUGCGUCCACAUAGACUGUUGGUGUUCAUCAACCCAUUUGGAGGAAAAAAGAAAGGAAGAGAGAUCUACCAUUCACUUGUUGCCCCUCUGUUUGAGCUGGCUGGGAUCAGCUCUCAUGUUAUAGUGACUGAACGGGCUAACCAGGCCAGAGACCACCUCUUGAAGAAAGAUCUGACAGGCUUUGAUGGUGUGGUCUGUGUGGGUGGCGAUGGCAUGUUCAGUGAAGUACUUCAUGGUUUGAUUGGGCGGACACAACAAGAGGCAGGUCUUUGUGAGACUGAUCCCGCUGUCACAUUGCAGCCAUGCCCACUUCAUAUUGGCAUCAUCCCUGCAGGUUCCACAGACUGUGUGUGUUAUGCCACAGUGGGGGUUAUUGAUCCUGUUUCUUCAGCUUUGCACAUCAUUAUUGGAGACUCUCAGCCAUUAGACGUGUGUUCAGUUCACCAUGCUUCCACCCUGGUACGCUACUCAGUAUCUCUGGUGGGCUAUGGCUUCUAUGGAGACGUACUGGCUGAGAGUGAAAAACACCGCUGGAUGGGACCUCUCAGAUACGACUAUUCAGGUACAGUUGUGUACCUGAGCAACAGAAGCUAUGCGGGCAUAGUUCAGUAUCUACCAGCAGACCCACUGCUCUCCAGCCCUAAGGAUAAAACGCGCUGCCUCUCAGGGUGCAAUGUGUGCUCCAGAAGUACAGAGCGACUAUUCCCACACACUUCUGAUUCAGGCUCCCUGUACAGCUCCCACUUCAGCCAGUACAGCAGUGACUCUGAAGGUGAAUGGGUGAGUGUGGAGGGCAGGUUCAGGUGUGUAUCGAUCACUUGUAUGUCCAGCUCAUGUGCCAGGAGCCCAUUAGGUCUCUCUCCGUCUGCUCAUCUGGCAGACGGAACAGGGGAUCUCAUCCUAGUAUGGGACACUCACCCACUGAGCUUCCUCAAGUUCCUCUACAGACACACAAGCACACAGGACCAGUUUGACCUGCCGUUUGUGGAGGUCCAUCGAGUGAAGGCCGUCCGUUUCUCUCUCCCAGAUGGCAGAGAAGAGGUGCACGAAGGAAUCGGAGAGCUGAAUCGCGCAAUAGGUGGCGAAGAGCGAGAAUACGUGGACACUGUAAGCAGAAAUGGAUCUCAGCAGCAAUUGGCACAGAGUGUGGUGGAGCGAGAGACUAUGAACGAGCACAAAACAGUGGCUCCCAUCCUGUGUGGUCUGUGCUGCAAAAAGACUCCAGCUGUGUCCGUGUGGAACUGUGAUGGAGAGAUUCUGCCUUUCACUGAGAUCUUCUGCAGGAUCCACGGUCAGCUGGUACGUCUGUACGCCAGGGGCAUUGAGGACGGAGCAGCCAUGCAGAACUGCAGCCAGGAGAGUGACAAGAAUAAAAGUAGAUGCAUCACAUACAAAUAGUCUGAAGAAUGGAGUGCUUGCAUCGUGGGACUGAUUUGUGAAUUUAUUAAAAAAAUAAAAAGCCAGACUUGCUUUCUGUGAUUGCCAAAAAGUUCCUUUUAUUUCAGGUACUUCUAUGGAUUAUCUUCAUUGUAAUAAUGAUGAAGACUAUUUAUUCUUAAAUGUGCAUGUGUGUGUUAGUUGACUACCGCUUGCUAAUUUUGGGGGCUUUUUUUCUCAGUAAACUACAUUAAUUUAUACAGUAUGCGGCAAGUGAGCAGCUUGUGGUCUGAAUUUUAUUUAUGUGCACAAGUUUUCAGAGAAUAGAGUCAUGGGAAAUGCAAACAGAACUUGAAAGACAAAAUCUUUGUGCAAUGACUUUUUAUUGCUUGACUUUUUAUUGCUUGAUUGUUCAGCAGCAGUGCAGAUUGUAUAUCCAGCUGAAUAAAAGGUGAAUGAUUACUGGUUCUACAUUAUCAG